AUGCUACGAACUCUGACGGGACAAUGGAAUGGACCAUGGUUGUGUGGUGGAGAUUUUAACGAGAUCCUGUCGGGAGAGGAGAAGAGGGGUGGCCAGCUCCGAGACGAGAGUGAGAUACGGGCAUUCCACGAAGGCCUGCUCGACUCGAAUCUUAGAGACGUGGGCUACGAAGGAUACCAAUUUAUUUGGGAGAAUAGAAGAUGGGUCGGGGGAUAUAUCGAGGAACUUUUAGGUCGGUUUGUCGCCUCUGAAGUGUUGAUGAGGGAUUUUCCAAGAUUUCGGGUCAAACAUUUGGAUAGAACCAGAUCGGAUCAUAGACCGGUGAUCUGUGAUACGGAAGGAGAAGAGGAUGAGGAACCUAGAUGGGGAUGGAGUUUCCGGUUUGAUCCCUUCUGGAUAAAAAUUGAAGAAAGUGCAAAGGUAGUUGGAUGA